AUGGUCAUUACGAGAUGGCCAAGCAACAAGCAGGAGGUACCCCUAUGUAUCCGCGAGUAUUGGCCCUACCGGGAUGAGCUAGCCACACAGAAUGGUAUCAUCUUCAGAGGCACCAGAGUUGUGAUACCCACCAAUAUGAGACGUGAUCUUAUCGUCAGAGCCCAUGCAUCACACCUAGGGACCCAGAGCACCAUCAACAAAGCCCGUGAGAUAAUGUUCUGGCCACAUAUGAGCCAGGAACUGACUGAAGCCAUUCAGAAGUGCCCUUCUUGUCAGGAGGCCCAACCAGCAAACUGCAAAGAGCCUCUGAUGACGCAUCCCCUACCCACAGUGCCGUGGCAAGUUGUUGCCACUGACUGUUUCGAGCUAGACGGUCAGUCGUACUGUGUCUUUGUCGACUUGUACUCCGACUUCAUAGAAGUUGUGGAACUGGAGAACAUGACCACGGAGACUCUGGUGAAGAAAACCAAACCAGUCUUUGCCACACACGGCAUACUAGCUACGUUGAUCAGUGACAAUGGGCCAAACCUUGCCUCUCGUGAAUUCAGCCAAUUUGCUCGCGAAUGGGACUUUCGCCACAUCACUAUAAGCCCUCACCUUAGCAGAGCCAAUGGCAAAGCUGAAUCCGCCGUCAAGAUCGCAAAAGGUCUCAUCAAAAGAUCCAAACGCGAUGGUGGAGACAUGUGGUAG